UCAUUACUUUAGCUGCCUUUUCUUUUCUACAAUUGCUUGUUCCUCAAGUUACUCUUUGUUCAGUUUGGUUAAAAAACUAUAUUGCGAGCCCCAUCUUCAUUGAUGCUUUCAACAUAUUAUUUACUUGUCUACACCAAAUUCUAGAGAUCAAAACCUAGGUCAAUUAUAAUGUUAAGUUGUCUAACAAACUGAAAAAGGCGCCGAGGCCCGCGAAGAUGCAGGAGAGUAUCGAUUCAAGAAACCUAGUGGAUGGCGACACGGCCACGCUGCAGAUGAUUGUUGAGAAUACGGCGGGAAAGAAUCAGACGGGAGGGAGCAAAGACACUACUCUCAGCUAUGAAAAGAGUAUGAGAGGUGGCUUCAAUCUUGGCGACCAGUCGAUGGAGCUGGGAUCGACGAAGAGAGUAAUUGACCUUAACAUACUGAAAAAAGUGUUUGAGGAGAGGCGCCUGAAGAGUCAGGGUUGUGUCGACACGACGGUGAUGCAGGUGCCGGAACCGAGGAAUCCUCAGAAAGGAUGGUUUGGCUUUGGCUUCACAAACUCGAAAAAGUCCAAGGAACAGAGUCUUGUAGGUUCAAGUUGAGGUUUUUGUGAUUCUUUUGAUGACUUAGCUAGUGGAGUGAAUGAUCUUUUCGUAAAUAGGAAGUGAAAAGCUUGAUCUUUAGUAACUUUUUAUGAAAGAUAAAGAUUUGAGAAAAGAUGUGAUUUUUUUUUUUGUGUGAUUCUCAUUAUCCAUUUUUGUAUGCAAUUCUUUUUUGCUAUGCA